AAAAAGAAUGAGUCAGAAUUCAGAAGAUGCUCAUCAGUAUGAAGUCUUCAAUAUUGAAUACACUUUUUAUCUUAACAAUAGCAUAUUUAAUAGUUCAAGUACAAAAUAAGGAAUGUACGUGCGGUAGUUUGGGACAAGGUUCAAAUCCUUGCACUUCUAAUGAAGUUGUUGUGAAAGCUACAAAAUUAUCAAAGCCUACACAUUAUGUAUCACCACAAGAAAUCAAAAAUGCUGUAAAUGCAAAAAAUAGUCAAACUGAUUGUUCUAAUUCACAAAGUAAUAGCAAUUCUAUUCCUCAAAGUAACAGUGAUUCAAAGAGCAAUACUUGUGGAUGUAAUGAAAAUACAUACAAUAACAAUAAUUUAAAAACUCAAAGUGAAAGUAGUUCAACUGCAUACAGUUAUUCUGGUUCAACUAAUUCUGAUAAUUCUAAUGAAUCUAAACAAAAUUUAGAAACUUUGGAAGACUCUAAUAAUUUCAAUGGCAAUGUUGCACCUAGAUUUUCACCAAUUGGAGAUUUAUGUUAUCCUCUUCCAAUAGAACCUAAUAGUGGAAAAUUAAUAGAAAAAACUAAAGUUACACCAGCUUAUCCUGGCAAACUUAUAUGUUGUCCUCCUUCAAUUCCUUAUGAAACAUGUAUAAACACAGCUAUUGGAAAAACUGAAAUUACAUCUAUCUCUGAUCCCAAAUCACUUAGUACAUCUAAUUCAUAUGGAAAUAUGAACUUUGAAACAAAUUCUGCAAUGUACAAUAAUUUACCUAUUUUUAAUUUAAAUAAUGGAAAUGGACAAAAACAAUAUUCAAAAAUGAGCAGCACUUCAGAUUGUUUUGAUUAUAUUACAGAUGAAAUUCAAGAUCAUAAUUCAUAUCCAGCAGCAAUGCCAGCAGAUGCAGUUUCUCUUACUCUUGCAUACAAAAAUCUUCGUGCACCAAAUGUAAUUUAUAGACAAGGAAAACAAUUUGUUCCAGAAGAUAAAUUAUCCUUUGGUCAUAGAACAUUACCAACUGAUGUAAAAAAUGAAAAUCAAAUUCUUGAUGUUGCAGAAGAAAAAUUAGUAACAGUUAACAAACCUGUUGUAGAAUUAAAAUUAGCACCUCCAAAAACUGUUGUUAUUGGUUCCUAUGAUGAACAAGAAGAAGCUAAAUUAGCAGAACUUGAAGCAAUUGAACGUGAAAGUAUAACACAAGAAGAAACUUCUAAUCAAAUGUCAGAAAGUCUUAUUACUUACAAAGAUUUAGGCUAUGCACCAGUAAAUACAAAUUAUCCAAAAUCUACAAGUUAUAAUCAAGGAAUAAGCAAUAUGAAAAUUGAUGAUAGUGAAGAAGAACCAUGUGGAUCUUUGGGACCAUCCAGACCAGAUUAUAUUCCAGGCAGAAUAAUAGUCCAAGAAAAACUUUUUAAUGAAAAUAUGGAACUUCAGACUUCAGGAUCUAAAUCAUGUCCAACAUAAUGUAUCAAAUAAUGCAAGAUUUGAUUUUUUAAUUUCAAAUUAUAUAAAAUUGUAUAUUUUUUGUUAAUAAAAAUGAAAACUACAUUUGUACUAGUAUAUACAUAAUUGAAAAGAUUGAUUAAAUUAUAUAAAUAUGUAUCUUGUAAUAAAGAAAUUUUUGUAAUAUUAA